AUGCUGGGAGACUCUCCCAUUGCAUGGAAGACAAAGAAACAAGACACCGUUUCUUUUUCGUCUGCGGAGUCGGAGUAUCGAGCAAUGGCGUUUACCACCCGUGAACUUAAGUGGAAUCAUGAGUUGUUAUCGUGUUUUGACAUCUCUCACAAGCAGGUGAUGCGGUUUUAUUGUGAUAACAAGGCAGCGUUGUACAUUGCAGCAAAUCCGGUGUUCCAUGAACGAACAAAACACAUAGAGAGAGAUUUUCAUUACAUUCGAGAUGAAAUUGUCAAAGAUUCGAUUGCUACCUCUCAUGUCCGUACUACCGAGCAGCCGGCAGAUAUCUUCACUAAAGCAUUGGCGUUUCAACAGUUUUCAUAUCUUCGGCGCAAGUUGGGCAUUAGAGACUUGCAUGCUCCAACUUGA